UCAACUGAAGGGUGUAUGAACGACAUAUAGUAUAGGGGGUACUACAUGAUGUUCACUGAUGUUCCACUGUUUACGAGGAGUACCUGAAGGCAUCAUUAGAGGAGCUAGCAGCAUAACAGCCGCACACCCGCAGUUAAGUAUGGGCUAUUUUAGUUAGUGGUGAAGCGCUGUCAGUGCGUGUGGAUAAUUUACCUGCAAGAUAAGCGACCGUUCAGCUGGCACUACACAGGGAUCAGUUCUGGAACUAGUAUUACACUCCCAUAUCAAGGCAGACACUGAAAGAUGGCAGAGUUUGAGACUAGUGCUCCUGGUCGGGUAACAGUGUACUCCAUCCAGGGCUGCCCACACUGUGUGCAGGCUAAAGCCACCCUCAGGUGUUUGGAAGUACCAGUAUGUGACGUGGAUGUGGGUAGGCAUCCAGCACUGAGGGCCAGGGUGAAGGAUCUGACAGGACGCAGCACAUUCCCUCAGAUCUUCUUUAACAACAUUCAUGUUGGGGGCAACGAUGACCUGCAGAAACUGGCUCCAGAGGAGCUUCAGAGGUUGGUGAGUCUGGUCAAGGAAAAGCCUUUUCCAGCAGAUGCUCCAACGCUGCCAGAGGAGAAUCAAUCAGAGGACACAGCUGGGGAGACCGACGGAGCUCCUGAACUCUCUUUGCUUUUACGGGAGAUGAUUCUGAAACUGUUCUCCGAGCACCUCUCUGCUGAUGGCAAGUCUGUGGACUACAAAGGCAUGUCAGUGAACCCUGCAUUUCAGCGUUACUGUGAGCUAGCCAUCCAGCUGCAGAGGGUGGAGCUGCUUUCGCUGAGCCGGGAGGAGAAGCUGGCCUUCUUUAUCAACAUCUAUAAUGCUUUGGUCAUCCACGGGUACCUACGCCUGGGGGCACCCACCAACGUGUGGCAAAGAUAUCGAUUCUUCAACUAUGUGAGCUACCUGAUUGGAGGAGAAGUGUUCACAUUACAGGACAUAGAGAACGGCGUUUUGAGAGGGAACAGAAGAGGUGUCGCACAGCUUCGAAAGCCCUUCUCCAAAACAGACCCACGACUACAAGUGGCUCUCCCAGAUGCUGAGCCGCUCAUUCACUUUGCCUUGAACUGCGGUGCAAAGGGCUGUCCACCUAUUAAAACAUACACUCCUCAUGAUAUUGACAGCCAGCUCCGCACCGCUGCUGAAGCCUUUCUCGAGAACGACGACGGCUGCGUGGUGGAUUCUGGGAAAAGAGAAGUGCAGCUAAGUCAGAUAUUCAAGUGGUACAAGGCUGACUUCGGAGGUACGGAUGAAAAGCUGCUGAAUUGGGUGCUGGAGCACAUGGGUGACUCUCCAAAGAAGACCAUUUUACAGGGAGUCCUUUCUACUGGCAAGACCAAAGUUAGCUUCCUCCCUUAUGACUGGAGCUCCAACAGCACCCACUGAGCACAAGCACACAAAUACAGCACAUGGACGCCCAGCCAGAUUUCAACUGAGCUACAUCUACUGAAAAACCAGAAGGUCGGUGAUGUCGUGCUUGUCAGAUGCAGCCCACUGGUUUCUAACCAUGCAAAUGUUUUUUAUGCAAAACCAAACUAAGUCCUGGCGGUGAAAGGGACACGUUUGCACUGUACCAUUAAAUCAUACAUUUCUUGAAGUCUUAUUCUACUAUAAUACCUUUUGUGGGCCCAUAUAACUCAUGUUUGGAAAUCAUAACCUAUGUGAGCUGUGCAUUCAAAUCUUAUUGGUUUAAAAUAAUUCCAACAGAGAAUUGUAGAAAACAAGUUGCACAAAAUGGCAUAUAUACUGUAUGAGGGAGGUAUCAUAGAGGGCACUAAACAAGUGUACUGUAUAAUAUUUAGAACUUUAAUCCUCGAUAAGGGUUUAAUGCUCUCUGGUUCAAGUCUUCAAGCACUGUCAGCAACUGUGUGAGUGUGAUGUGAGUGGUUGCAUGAGUGCGUGUGUGAAUGGGAAAAUAUAUUGUAAAGCACUUUGUGUUUGAAGAAUGCGAAGAAAGGCGCUAUAUAAGUGCAAGUCCAUUACCAUUUACCAGCUCAGGAGUCAUAGAUUAUCAGUAUUCUUCAAUUCAAGUCCAGUUCAACAGGUCUUUGGGCAGCCUUCAGAUACAGAUCAGAGUACAUGGAGAUGACGACUUUGCUGAUCCAGACGGUAUUGGCAAAGCCUUCUCAACCUACAAAUCCAUUCCUUCAUGUGUAGUGGGCUGCAGAUUGUCCACAAAGCUGGUCCAUCAUUUCUGCAACAUCUUUAACCUACAGAGGUGAACAGGAUGAUGUUGCAUGCUACAGGGAAAGAAAGAAAUAGCUGCUUCGGUUUGAAUGCUUCAUGGGAAUGGAACUGUGUGCAGUUAACUAUUAUCAAAUUCUUUCUCACUGGAAAACCAAAAUCUAGUUAGGUCCUGCUGCUGUGCUCAGCACUCAGACAGACCAGCGUGGCAGUUGUCAUUCCCAACCCCUAAUGGUAUUUUGUUUCUCCCUGUCUUCAUGUCCACCCCCCUUUUUAAUCCAGGUCUUCCAUUUUAAAUUGGAAAGGUGCUUGAGUGUUUUUAUAUAUUUUGUAAGAAGAAUACAGUGAGGUUGUGAAUUACUGAACUAUACUGCUAAAAAAACUACGUAAUCUUCACAUUAUAACACCAAGUCAGUUGAACUUCAGGGAUAUCAAUCUGUCCAUUUAGGAAGCACCAGUGAGACUACUGAUUCUGAAUCAGUUUGACCUGCUUUAGUGCAAAUGAAAGUGACAACAGGUUUCCUUAUCAGUGCAUCUGACGCCACCAAGUACAAAUUAUACAAUGUACAUCAGUAAAGGUUUCCAACUGAAAUAAUUCAUUCAUCAAGACCCAACAUGUGAUUCAGUGUUCCCUUCAUUUUUUUGACCAGCGUAUUAACGAAUCAACUACUUGUUAUGCACUCUGACACUUUGCAUGUUUAUGGCUAACUCUGAGUGCUGUGGAGACAUUUGCACUUUUCUCACCAAGAACAGGUUUGUGUCGGUCUCUAGGAAUGAAAGGUGCUGUGUUUAUCCAGCCAUGUAUCCCAGCAUGUCAGGAAAAAUUCUCAGUAUAUCCCUGUUGUGAAAAUUCCCCAAAUCAGUACAUUCUAUUAAAUAUAGCAAGUCUUUUUUUUUUUGUUUAGUUUGUAGGUGUUUAUUUUCCACCUAAAGAGGGCUACAAAACUCUACAGUGCCUUUGAGUUAUUCACAAAUUGAAACUUGUUUUUUUUUGUAAGAUUCAUUUUGAACAUGAUAUAUCAUGAUGUGACUUCUCUAUUAGGAGAGUUGUCUAUGUUUCCAUAAUUUAUUUCAGGUCAAGUUUAUGAGUGGAAACUAAUUUAUGUCAUCAAUGCAUGUUUUGUCAAUUUCUAUCUGGUACAGUCCACAUUUGUUUGGAAAGGUGUGUAUAUGUAUCCCCCACAUUACUUAAGUUUCUCUGUCUUAUAAGCUACAAAUAGCAACAAAUAGUUGAAGUAGCAUGUGUUAAAAUUUGAAUGCAUUUGCUGCAUGAUACUCAACAAUCCUCUAAUCUCAAAUGCUAUUGCCUCUAUUUUUCUUAGCCUGUAAGAUCAGCCAUAACAUUUAACUAAACAUUUAACCCCUAGUGAGACUAAUAUCAGAUUGCAACGCAGCAAAUCCAUGCCGGUAAAGCCAGCUUGGAUUUGCCAAUAAUUGUACUGUCAACUAAGAUGUGCAGUAGGUUUAAGAUAUCAACCAGUAUUAACAAUACUGAAUACAUGCCUUCAGUGACAAGUGCACUCUUUACUGCACUGAACUUCAUUACUGAGUGAUUUGAGAUUAAAACAAAAUUGGAGGGCAUUUUAUGGUCUAAAGUAAACUGAACAAAAGGGUUUUAUUUAUGUAUAUUGAUGAUCUCUGAUUUAAUAGAUUACCUCAUCUGGAAAAAGUGGUGCAAAAACUUUUAUACACAGGCCGUUCUACUAUAAUUAUUCUAUUUUUCUCUUUCCUGGGGGUUAAUGAAGCACUAUGUUAUGUAUAACAAAUAUGUAAUGCUGAACUUCAAUAAAGAAUAUAUCAUG